GAAGGCGAUUUCGGCAAACCAUCAAACAUUUUGGCAGUCGUCUGCGUCAGUGACUAGAAAGUGUUUGAAAGGAUGGAUGUGGUUCCGCCCGAGUUGAACAGCAUCCUCCCCGAUGAGAUCAUGGACACGGAGGCCAUUGUAAUGGAGGAGGACAUUCCCACUGAGGAUCCUGCUUCGCUUGUCCCAAAGGAGCCUGAACUGACACAGGUGCCCAUGGAAACAGACGUCUCAGAGAUCGUCAGCCUGUGUCCCACUGUUGCACCCUCACAGAGGACCACGGCCCUGACCACCUCCACCACCACAGACUCCACUCUCUGUAGUAUUAGCUCAGGCACCCAACUGCUUCUCACCUCCUCUGGCCUCAAGCCUGCCUCAGCCCCCUCCACCACCAAACCCACCAGCCCUGUAGUGGGGCAGGCUCUGCCUAAGCUCUCCACCCCUUUCACCCUGUCAGCCAACCACCAGAUCAUCCUCAACAAAGUGACCACCUCUCCAGCCACGGAUUCCAAAACGUCAGGCAACCCAGUGCUCAAGCAAGAAGGGCAGAAACUUGUGGUGGCCAGCCUUAGUAAAACAGGGCAGCCCAUUGUUUUGGCACUGCCUCGCACUGGCACGAAGCCUGGCACAACGCAAGGUGGGGGAGAUGCCAAAACUCAGCCUCAGCAGUUUAAAGUGGUGACCAUUGGGGGGAGGACUGACUCAAAGCCUGUAGUGGGCGUCCAGACGGCCAGCACAGCCAGUCAGCUCCUGGGUUCUUCUCAGCACACUACUCUACAGGCCCAGCAGCUCAAAACUGUGCAGAUCCCAAAGAAAACACCAGUGUCUGCCGCUGGCCCACUGAUAACUCAGUUUAUUAUCACAAAGGCCCUAAACAACAAAGGGCUGUCAAGUCAGACGUCAGUGUCUCCUGUGGUGCCAGGAAGGGUUCUGACCCAGAGUACACCAGGCACGCCCCCACGGACCAUCACCAUUGGAGAGACACUCACCUCCACCCCUCAGACCAGCAGCAGCAAAGUGGCCAUCUCACCCCUCAAGUCUCCCAGCAAGCUGACAGUGGUGUCAGUGGCCUCUCCAUCUCCUGGCUCUCCUCAGAAGUCUGUCACUCUGCCUCUCAAUGUGGCUCUGGGUCCACAGAUUCUCACAGUUCAGCAGCCCGCCACCACCUCACCAGCUAAAGCAGGAACCAGUCAGUCAACCACACAGACAGUUAAACCAGUGCAGACAAUGACUGUGGGUGGAGUGGGCACCCCUCAGUUCAAGACCAUUUUCCCUUUGGCCACGCCACCCAACGUACAGCAGAUACAAGUGCCAGGGAGCCGCUUCCAUUAUGUGCGUCUUGUGACCGCCACAACUGGCAGCAACACGGCGCAGACCGGCAGCCCCAGCACCAACACUGCUUCCAUCCAGACGGCCAAACCAGUGGUGGUGAACCCAGGCGCAGUGAGGAUGUCUGUUCCCAUUGUCCCAGCACAGACCAUAAAGCAGGUGGUGCCAAAACCUCUGACCUCCACGGCUCAGGUGGUGACCAGUCAGACCCAGCAGCGCCUCAUCAUGCCCGCAACCCCCCUGCCUCAGAUUCAACCCAACCUCACCAACCUGCCCCCUGGCACUGUGCUGGCACCCGCACCUGGCACAGGGAACGUGGGCUAUGCUGUUCUGCCCGCCCAGUAUGUGACACAGCUCCCACAGUCAGCGUUUGUGACUUUGGCCAGUAGUUCCAGUUUUUCAACACCCACUACUGUACAGACACAAGCUAAACUUCCACUCAAUGGUUUAUCAGCAUCAGAUACAACUUCAAGACCAAGGAAGCCUUGCAACUGCACAAAGUCACAGUGCUUGAAACUGUACUGUGACUGUUUUGCCAAUGGGGAGUUUUGUAACAACUGUAACUGCAUAAACUGCUUCAAUAACCUCGACCAUGAGAGUGAACGACUUAAAGCCAUUAAGGCAUGCUUGGACAGAAACCCUGUGGCUUUCAAGCCGAAGAUUGGGAAGGGUAAAGAGGGCGAGUCAGACAGGAGACACAGCAAAGGCUGCAACUGCAAAAAGUCUGGUUGUCUGAAGAACUACUGCGAGUGCUAUGAGGCCAAGAUCAUGUGUUCUUCAAUCUGUAAGUGUGUGGGUUGUAAGAACUUUGAGGAGAGUCCGGAGAGGAAGACUCUCAUGCACUUGGCAGAUGCCGCCGAGGUGCGGGUCCAACAGCAGACAGCGGCCAAGACUAAACUCUCCUCUCAGAUCUCCGACCUUCUCACCAGAACAACGCCGGCCUUCACCAGCGGAGGGGGAAAGCUGCCGUACACGUUCGUGACUAAAGAGGUGGCGGAGGUCACGUGUGACUGUUUGCUGGAGCAGGCUGAGCAGGCGGAACUGACCAACCAGCCCUACGCCACGGCGGAGAGACUCAUCCUGGAGGAGUUUGGACGCUGUCUGAUGAGAAUCAUCAGCUCCGCCGGCAAAGCCAAGACAGACUGCUCCAUUAACUGCUAGACCUCAGUCAUCUCCGCUAGGCCCAGCCUAGUCCAGCAUUACCCACCUCACACCAGACCGAGCGCUCCGUAGACAGAAGACGAGUAUGAAACGGACAUGAAAAGACACAGAAACCUCUUACUCAGCCUCCCAGGACGAGGAGAUUUCUCCGGUGCGCCUCCUGAGAAGUGGCACUCGGAGAGACUGGGGAGAAGACUGCAGUAGGCGUCUGCUACCGGCAGUCCAGAUAUAUAUUUUUCUUUUACCUGCUUCAUUUCAGGAUGGAGCAGAAUGCAGGAUACAUGGGACACAGAGCAGGUGUCUGUUGGAUCCUGAGGUCCAUGGAAGAAGUGACUGGCCAGGGAAGAGGGUGUCCUGAGAGAAAAAAAAAAAAAACUGCUCAAAGGUGGGCUCAGGUGUAGCUAUGGACCACCUAGCUUCAUAGCAACCUCUUGAAUUGGGAUU